AUGAAGUUCUCUGUGCUCGCGCUUUUUUAUGGACUUCUCAUCCAUAGUAACAGUACACCUAUAAAAAAAGUUUCACUCUGUUCAAAAGCAACCUGGAAUUCUAAACCUCUCACAGUCAUCCCUCUCGACUCUAGUACUCAACAGCAAAUACAAGAUCCUAUUGAUAUUGCAUUCGAUAGUGAAGGUAACAUCAUCGUUACUGAUCUUGGUACGCAAAGUGUACGAAAAUUCUACGAAGAUGGUCGUGUUACAACACUCUACACCACCAAAGAUCUAAUCCCUAUCAGUGUCUUUGUCAAUCAGUUCGAUGAUGACGCUAUCUAUUUCUCAGAUCAUGCAGAUAAUACAGUGAAAAAAUUGUCAAAAGAUGGCAAAACAAUGAAAAUUGUAGCUGAUCAUCAGUUUUUAGAGUCACCGAUGGGUAUCUAUGUUGAUCGUAAAGGAAAUGUAUAUGUUGGUGAUUUGGGAAAGAAUCGUAUUGUGAAGUAUUUGGCUAAUAAUCAAGGAAUCCAAGUAAUUGGUCAAGGUGAAAUAGGCUCCCCUUCUAGUGUCUAUGUUGAUGAAGAUGGUGAUGAUGCAGUGUAUGUAAGUGAUACGCAUGGUAACCGUAUAUUGAAGUAUCGUUCGAGUUCAAUAACGGGAGGUGUGACAGUCGCUGGUGGACAAGGAACUGGCAGUGGAUUAAAUCAAUUGUCUGGGCCCUAUCAAGUACUGGUUGAUUCAACAACAGGUUCACUAUUCAUAGGUGAUACCUAUAACAAGCGUAUCGUGAAAUGGGCCAAAGAUGCAAAACAAGGUGAAGUACUAAGUGGUACAACAUCUAUCCAAUGGACUGCUGGGAUGAAAUUCGAUCGUGACUGGAAUUUGUUUGUAGUUGAACAGAGUAAGAAACGUGUACUCGCUUUUGAGUAUGAUGCAAGUUCUUGUAAGAACUGA